GAUCGUGGUAAGCCGGAAAACUAGAGAACUUCCGGGGUGGUGCUUUCAGACGGAAAAAAUAUUUACAAUGGCAAAAAACACUGGUGCCAGUAAGUUUAGAAAAGUAAAUGUUGAUGAAUACGACGAAGAAAACUUUCAGGACAAUGAAGAUUCAGAUGUCGGUGUAGUUGGUCCAAAUGAAAACGAAGUUACCAACUUUUUAAACCAAUCUAAAAAUGUGGAGGCACUGAAGGCUGUUUUGCAAAAUCCCCUGCAGGGUUGCAAAGACAAAAGACUAAAGGACAAAGUUGUACAGCUUGUAGUUCGAGUGCUGACUGCAUUCAAAGCCAGUGACAUAGAGAAAGGAGUGAAUGCCCUUGACAGUCAAACACUGGACAUUCUAAUGAAAUAUAUUUAUAGAGGAUUUGAAUUUCCAUCAGAAGGGAGUAGUGCUGCUCUUCUCUCAUGGCAUGAAAAGGUGUAUGCCAAAGGUGGCCCUGGCUGCAUCAUCCGUGUCCUGACCGACAGAAAAAGUGUGUGAUGCUCAACACAAGAUAUAAUUAAGAAGGGGUUCUAUAUGUGUAAAUGUUUGUAUAAGAUUGAGAUAGCAGUACAUGCACCAUGGGGAAGAGUCUAGAAAAAAAGAGAAUACUUGUGAUAUAACUCAAUCAUGACAUCUUCCAGAAGCAUCUUUAUUUUCUGGUAAAAGCCUCUGAUAUAAAUUGUGUUCUAUGCCAUUCCCAAUGUCUGUGCAAUGCUUAAUUGUUUUGUGAUUUUAAUGAGAAAAAAGUUCUUUAUAAUAUUCAAGUUUAACAAAACAGAUAGUUAAUGCCUUGCAAGUUAUGAACUGUUUUGUUUGUCAUAUUAUUUUAUUUCAAUGGAAUAUUAUUAUUUGUGAUCAAUACACUUUUUCUGUAUCUUUUAUUAUACCAUGUAAUUUUCAUGCAUUUUUGGUUUUCAAAUUAAGGAAAUAAAUUUUGAGAAUUUUUUGUCUCUUUAGAUGUAUUUAACUAUGAUUUUCAAUAUACAUUUAAGAAAAAAGAAGUAUUCAUUCAAACAUACUUUUGAAUGUUACAUAACAUUUGCUUAUCCAUGUAUUUACUUCACAAUUAUUUAA